AUGAAUAACUCUGCUACUUUACAACGAUGGCAAUGGGCUGACGGUCCAUAUCCGUUAAUCGAGACACCAAAGCACAGGGAAGGAAUCACUGGCAAUUCGGAUCCGUACAUGGAGACUGCAAGUACAAUGUGUGUAGUUCACAACGCACUCCUCCGUGGCCUUAACGGCAUAUACAUCCAAGGACCGAACAUACAACCGGCGGAUUUAAGGGACUUUAUCGGAUAUAGCUUAUGCUGGUACUCUGCGCUCCAUGAGCAUCAUACCAGCGAAGAGGAACAAUUUUUCCCGGAGAUUGAGGAGGCCGUUGGCGAGAAGGGGCUUCUUGAUAGAAAUGUCGAAGAGCAUAAAUCCUUCCAUGAAGGCUUGGACGAAUUUAGUAACUACCUCGAAAGCCUAGAAGGGAAGGAAUCGGCUUUUGACGCCGUUCACCUUAACAGUAUCAUCGACUCAUUUGCCCCAGCGCUUAAUCACCAUCUCGAAUCUGAACUACAAAGUCUCCUAGAACUCAGAAAAUACGGAGACAAGCUUCCAAUAACGAAGCUGUGGGAUAGAGAAGGAUUCCGGAGUGUGACAUCAAUGACCAGAUUUAAUGCCCCCCCCAUUCUUCUUCCUCAAUGUCGAUACCACGGAUGA